GGCAGGACGAGGCGGGCCAUGGAGCUGGAGCCCGAGCUGCUGCUGCAGGAGGCCCGUGAGAACGUGGAGGCGGCGCAGAGCUACCGGCGCGAGCUGGGCCAGAGGCUGCAGGGGCUGCGGGAGGCGCGGAGGCAGAUUAAAGAAAGUGCAUCACAGACAAGGGAUGUCCUCAAACAGCAUUUUAAUGAUUUAAAAGGAACCCUUGAGAAGCUCCUGGAUGAGCGAUUGGUGACCCUUUUGCAGGAGGUGGACACCAUUGAACAGGAGACCAUUAAGCCGCUAGAUGACUGUCAGAAGCUCAUAGAGCAUGGAGUUAACACUGCAGAGGACUUAGUCCGAGAAGGUGAGAUCGCCAUUCUUGGUGGUGUAGGAGAACAGAAUGAGAAACUGUGGAGCUUUACCAAAAAGGCCUCCCACAUUCAGUUGGACAGCUUACCAGAAGUGCCUUUACUGGUUGACGUACCUUGUUUAUCUGCUCAGUUGGAUGACUCAGUUCUUAACAUAGUGAAAGACCACAUUUUCAAGCAUGGAACCGUAGCGUCUCGCCCACCAGUACAGAUUGAAGAGCUAAUAGAGAAACCUGGAGGCAUCAUAGUACGAUGGUGUAAGGUCGAUGACGACUUUACAGCCCAAGAUUACAGACUCCAGUUCCGUAAAUGUACUUCAAAUCACUUCGAGGAUGUAUAUGUAGGCUCUGAAACCGAAUUCAUAGUUUUGCACAUAGACCCCAAUGUUGAUUAUCAGUUCAGAGUCUGCGCCCGAGGAGAUGGCCGGCAGGAGUGGAGUCCUUGGAGUGUCCCCCAGACAGGUCAUUCCACGUUGGUGCCUCAUGAGUGGACAGCUGGCUUUGAGGGGUACAGCCUGAGCAGUCGAAGAAAUAUAGCACUCCGAAAUGAUGCCGAAUCAUCGGGCGUUCUCUACUCCAGCGCUCCAACUUACUUCUGCGGGCAGACACUAACGUUCAGAGUUGAAACUGUGGGACAACCGGACAGAAGGGACAGUAUAGGAGUGUGUGCAGAAAAACAGAAUGGAUAUGACUCUCUGCAGCGGGAUCAAGCAGUGUGCAUUAGUACAAAUGGUGCAGUUUUUGUAAAUGGAAAAGAAAUGACUAAUCAGUUACCCGCAGUUACUUCUGGGUCCACUGUCACAUUUGACAUUGAAGCUGUGACUCUAGGAACCACAACCAAUAAUAACGAAGGCGGAAACUUCAAGCUUCGAGUAACUAUUAGCUCCAAUAAUAGAGAAGUGGUUUUUGAUUGGUUGCUUGAUCAAUCAUGUGGUUCUCUUUACUUUGGAUGUUCAUUUUUCUAUCCUGGCUGGAAAGUGUUAGUGUUUUAGGUUUUUGGCUGAUUGGCUUUGGUUUGCAGGAUUUUUAUGUAGCUGUUCUCAGCCCAGUUAAGUUGUAACUGAUAAAAAUAGUUGGAUUCAUCUCUCAAUUAGGCAGUUGGAAAUGAAAAAGUGUUUACUAAAUUCGUUUUGGAAUAUUUUAGCAAUAAGAUACUUGAAAUUUGUGGACAAAACCAUGAUGCAGUCAAUUUUAUUUUCAGCAUAUUAUUAAUUGAAAUAUUACAUCACAGUAAAAAUCAAACUGGCCUUAAAAAUAUGGAUGGCUAUAGCAAG